UAUACAACAUAGACCACAAUAGUCACCAUUACAGAGAACCUUCUAGAAUCUUGGAAUCUAUGAAACUACUUAAUUUGAUAUAAAAGAGAGCAACUGUUUAAAAUUAGGCAGCAGUCUCAGACAGGAAUUUAUAAGUUCAAGAUGGCCUACUUUAGGAAACCUACACAUGCUGAGGCUGAAGCAGCCAUUAGGGAGUUGGUGUCUACUCUACAGCUUAAUUUGUCAAGCUAUACUCAUCCAAAUAUUAGAGUGAGCGAGAUCGUAAAAGCUGGCUCUAUGGGACAUGGAACAAUUGUGCCUGGAAGCUUUGACAUCGACCUGGUGCUCUACUCUCACGAUGUGAGCGGAGAUACUAUCAUAACUGACGGAUAUGACCAACACAUACGACGGCUAGAAGCUUUCAUUAGCAAUCGACAGGUGUUUGGAGCAGGGGUCAUUACAGAGCCCAACAUAACAAGAUAUGCUGUGCAGUUCAAGUACAAGAGCUACAUCGAUGUGGAUCUCUUGAUCAGUCCAGUUUGGUGGAGUGAUUAUCCAAACGAUCCGACAAUGUUUUUUCGGUUCCUUCGAGAUAGUGUGCCAAGAUACAACCUGGAAGUCAUGCACAGAUUUAGUGUGAACGCUUCCAAGUGGCAAGUGGAGUUUAUGAGAAAAAAAGAUCAGAAGGUCAAGGUGUACAUAGUCCGGGCUAAAGCAUGGAGGAAUCGCCUAUUGCCUAAAAGUAGAGUAGGACGAAGAAGCCCUAGUUCCUUUCUAAUAUCCUUGUUGGUGCUUCGAGCCUAUGAAAACCAGCAGUUGAGCCAAACUUAUGGCUACCGUGGACACAAUGAAGCUAGAAGUACCACUGAAGAGUUGAAGAAACUUGUUCGGAAUCACAGCAGAAUGGACAUCUAUUGGGAAGACUACUACAAAGCUAGAGACUACCCCACCCUCUUUCCCUCGUCCACUCCACGCCUGGUCGACCCGGCCAAUCCAGCUAACAAUGUCUACCUGUCUGGCAUUGGUACGUACCCACCCAACAAAAGGCCAAGUGAAAACGAGCAGGACUGGAGUCAGUUUGUGGACAAAGUGCAAUACUUUGACCUUGAGAAGAGUGUGGAGGAGAUCACACGUUAAGACCGUUCAAGAGAGCUGACUAACUUAAACAGACAAUUAAGACUAUAUAGCAUGCAGCACACAAUAUUAUAGUGUAGUAGUGUAUUAUUAUAGUAACUUGUUUCGCUGAUGGCUGUACGAUGCUUAAACGUAUUAUUUGAUUGUUAAACGUAUUAUUUUGAUUUUUUUAAUUCGUUUGCUGA